CUCACAGAUGCAACAUGGUAGAUUGUGGAAACUCGAGGUGUCUGCAAGAAAAAAGAUCUUUUAAGAAAGAACUUCUAUCAUGGAGUAAAAAAAUACCUAUCGCUGUUGGUCUUGAGAGGAUAGCUGAAGAAUUAGCUGGAGAGAAUGUCAUCAAAGAAUUGUUACUACCUUUCAAUGACUUGGAGAAGGAAGAGAAAGAAGACUGGCAUCAAGAACAGAAUUGUUUUUUCUGUGAAUCAAGACUUCAGAUGAUGUUUGAAGCAGUAGAAAAACUAAUGGAAGAAGUGAAAAGUGGAAAAAACCUGACAGAUAAUCCAAGUUUACGUUAUUUACAAGAACUUCUUCCAUACUGUCCUCAGUUUUACACUCAUAACAUUGGUAGAGAGAUCUUAGCAGAGUUAAAAACAACAGGCCAUGGUGAAGGGAGAGAUGUGGAAAUGAAUAUACCUCAGACACAGAAAGAACCUAUAGAACUCAAAAUACCUCAUAUUAUUUCUCAUACAAGACAGAAAGCAAAAGAAAGUUCACAAGCAUGUAAGAAGUCAUACACAGAUGAUGAAUUAACCGCAGCUGUUAAUGAAAUACAAAGUGGAAAAUUAGGAACAAGACGAGCUUCAGUUUUAUAUGGAAUACCCAGAUCAACACUACGUAAUAAAAUAUUCAGGAUGGGGUCUGACAAACCGAGUAUAUAUUCCUUAAAUGGGGAUGAGGGCUACGAAGAUGCCCUGGCAGCAGAAAUUGCCUUGAAAUGGACAGACUUGAUUCAGGGAAGCUAUAGACCCUUGUUUAUACAACAGUUGCCUUUGAUGCUUAACCCUGAUUACAAGGUCAUUGAUUCAGGGGAUGACUUUGAAAAGAAGUUGGAAUAUAUUCGUAAAAAACACAAUCUCAGUCGUAAAAAAGAGAAAUAUCAUUCUGAAUAUGCUCAUGAACUUAGACUUCCAUACCUGAAGAAUAUAAUAAGGAAAUUAACAGAAGAAAGGUUUGAUAUGGAACGAAACGCAGAGAGAGUUAGAAAAAUCAGCAAAAAAGAUAUCCUAAAGUCACAGCUUGCCAAAAGUAAUGUCAUAGAAAUGCCAAGCUUGCCUACUACUGAAGCAUCAGAUAUUGUUAUACCAUGUUUUAAACCAGCUCAUGAUACAAAAACUGAACAACAAAUUACAGAACAACUUUCACAUUCCUUUGACAAAUAUGAUAAUACAAGAUUAGGUGAUACACUGAAGGACAUUAUCGUUAAAACUAUCUCAGAAAAAGUUCGGGUCAAAUCUCAAGCAUUAGAAGCUUUCUGUAAUAGUUCUAUCAAAACUGAGAGUGAUAUUAUUAUUAAGUCUGAACCUCAGUCACCUAUUCUAUCCCCAUUUAAGAAAAUAAAAAGAGAGGAUUAUGACAGAAAACGGGAACAUGUUGAACACAUGACAAAACCACUGAAGAAAACUCGUCCAAAGCGUGGACAAUACAGGAAAUAUAAUAGUCAGUUACUGAUGGAGGCAGUCAAGGCAGUCCAGAGAGGAGAAAUGAGUGUUCAUAGGGCUGGAAGUUAUUAUGGAGUACCACAUUCUACUUUGGAAUAUAAAGUCAAAGAAAGACAUCUGUUACGUCAGAAAAAAAUUAAAGAGCAAAAGGAAGCUGCAGCCCGAGCAGCUGCUGCUGGUACCAGUAAUCCAGUCACAAAUCACAGUAGUAAUAGUAACAGUUCUACUGGUACCGAUACCGAAGCCAUUACUGUUAAAAAAGAACCAGAAGAAGAGAUUACAAGUCCAAAAACUACCCUCUCAACCGCAUGGAUGCCGUCCUACUUUACAUCUGGUUCUAAUAUAGCAGGGACUCCAGAUUUGAACUUUUUUGGUACUUCAGGUUAUGCCCUAAGUACCCCUGCCUCUGAACUGCUCAGGAAGUUACAACACAAAGUUCAGACUAAAGCGGAUGAAAGUGAUUCUUGCUCAAACUCAGGGGAAGGAUAUGUUUAUAUACACUAAUAUCAUGAAUAAAGAAUGGUAACAGUAAAGAUGGAAACCAGUCUCACAAUUUAUAUUUUAUGGCUACUUUUAAAUGAAAUGGACAUAGUAUACAUCUAUUGUUGUUUUUUUAUAAAAAAAUAUAUUUAACAUUUGUUUCAUACUUGAAAAUGGUAAAGAAAUCAGGACAUAUUAUUUCUCAAUCUAUGUUUUAUUAAACUGUUGGUUUAAUAAGAAGGUGUUCUAAAAAUAUAAGGACUUCAUUAGACCUUAUUUCUUUAUAUAUUACAAAAUCAUAAAAAUCUGAACCGGUACUUUUUCAGAAUCAGUUAUAUUCAUGAUAUUUCUUAAAGAUUUUUAUUUUUUCUUAUUCUAUAUUUGAAAAUAAAACAGUACCAUAACUUGAAGCUUUGGUAAUUCAGUUAAAAUAAUAAAAACAGAUUAUAUUUUGAACAAUUUAUAAGAUAUAUGCUUCAACCCAUAAUUUCGUCCCAUACUGUGCAUGUAUAUAUAGCUGGAUAUUUGCUUGCUUGAAAUACAAGUUCAGGUUAUUUGCAUGUGAUUACUUUCCAUGCAGUUUGUUUAAUUUAUAAUUUACUAUUAUGUGUUCAUAGAUUGGACUUACAGUGUAGCUGAUUUUAUUAUAUUUUGUUAUACAAUGUAUAUGUGUGUAAAUUCAAUCGAAAUUAAAACACAGAUCGUUCAAGCUACUCUUACAAUGAUCUGACAACACUUUAUUCAAGUUUCUGCAGGGGUGGAUCCAGCCAUUUGAAAA